AUGGCAACUAUCUUUGAUCUUCCAAACGAGCUCAUGGAUGAAGUUGGUAUCGAUUUAGAUGAGGAUGAUUGGUUGGCUUUACGCAUGACUUGUCAGGGGCUCAAUGAAAAGUGUAAAGAAUACCAUCUGAAUUCAAAGUACUCACGUCGAAGAGUCCUUCUGGUUCAAGAAAGUAUGGAAAACUUGGCCAAGAUUUCCCAACACCCAUCCGGGGUGAACUUGAGGGUUCGGUAUCUCGAUAUUUCAUGCCUAUCUCCGUACUCUUUAGAGCGUAUCUUCUACCACUACCUACUUUGGGAAGAGCACUGUACUUCCCUGGCCGAUGAAGAGCUAAAAAUGACAGCGGCUAUUCGAAAAUUCGACCGAGUAGACGACGAACAAAUCGAGGGCCUGUCUCCUGAUUCAAAUAUCAUGAUCGCGCCUCUUAUACGGGCUCUUCCAAAUCUACCCAACUUACAAAGCAUCUGUUUUAAUCCCGCGGGUCAGCGGGCAGAGUUAACCAGGCCGGAAUGGAAUUUAUUCCAUCCAUCGUUAGGGUAUAGACCCGGUACCCGUAUUAAUAGCAGACUGUGCAGGACCGUCAACAUGAGAACUUUACCGCGACUGUUUUAUAAGGGUUGGGAUAAAAUACUCCCUGCGAUUUGCUCUAUACCAACAUCUAGUUUACGACAUCUCACUUGGAAUCAUAGACACGGCUACUUCAUUGCCGAAGACCGACCAGGCUUUUUCGCAUGUGAAAUCGGGCCAGUAUUUCCGAAUCUAAAAGUUCUCAGAGUGAUCUUUCGCUUUCUCGACUCAGGAUUAAUAGAAGUUUGGAUGCCAAAAAUUUCCCAAUGGCUCAGCUCCAUUGGAUGCAAUUUAGAAGAACUGGAGCUCGAUCUCAAAUACAUUACCCGCAUUGACGACGAGAUCAAAGAGGUAGUUCUAACAUUACCAGAGUCUCGUAUGUUCUCUUCCCUGAGAAAACUCGGGCUAGCCGGUUUCAAAAUCGAUUUGGAAAACCUGAAAAUAUUCCUCACCCAUUGCAAACAGAGCCUAAAAGAGUUUACUCUUUCCCGGUUGGCGAUGCAAGAUCCUAAGGAAGAUUGCUUCGAGAUUUUGAAAUUCUUGAGCGAUGACUUCAAAUUGAAGCUGUUCAGGCUGGCACUUCAAGGCCACGGUAGAGACUUUAUCACGAAAAGAAAAGCCGAGUAUGCACUCCCGGACUUAGAGGCUAUUGGAGAUUGGUCAUCAAAAUCGAUGAUUUGCACCGUUCGAGGUCUGGGUGUAGAAAAACCUUAUGAUUUUUCAAAGCAUCUUGGGAGAGAACUUUGGACGCACGAUUCCUCGGAUACAUUCUGGAACUCGAUUACAGAGGGAAUUUGGGUCGAUAGGGAAGCGUUAAGAUUUUAUGAUGAUUCGGCAUCUUCAGAUUCUGGUUAUUCGUAA